AUGGGGGUUGUCGCUGGGAAUGACAGCCAGGGUGAGCCUUGGCCGUGGCCGCCCCGUGAUGAGAGGCUCUGUUUGGCUUUGCCAUUGCGAGUGCUCGUCCCCGUCACCGUCAUGUGCGUGGGGCUGUUCAUAGUCGGAGUGGUGGGCAAUGCCCUGACGGUGCUGGUCAUCCGUGGGUACCACGAUACGAGGAGCACCAGCAGCCUCUACCUGGGCAGCAUGGCUGUCUCGGACCUGCUCAUCCUCCUAGGGCUGCCCUUCGACCUCUAUCACCUCUGGUGCUCCCGGCCAUGGAUCUUCGGGCAGCUCCCGUGCUGCCUCUCUCACUACCUGAGCGAGGGCUGCACCUACUGCACCAUCCUGCACAUCACUGCGCGCACUGUCGAGCGCUACCUCGCCAUAUGCUUCCCCCUCAAAGCCAAAGUGAUCAUCACCAAGUGCAGGGUGAAAGUUGUCAUCGGCACCCUCUGGGCUUUCACCGCCUUCUCCGCCAGCCCCUUUUUUUUCCUGGUGGGUGUGCAGCAGACUGACAACCACACCGACUUCAGCGGCGAGUGCAAACCCACCCCACAAGCUGUGGAGUCCGGGCUCCUGGCCAUGAUGUUCUGGGUCACCACCUCCUACUUCAUCCUGCCCGUCCUCUGCCUCAAUGUCCUCUAUAGCUUAAUUGCAUGGGAGCUGUGUCGGAGCAAAGCCCCCCUGCGGGGCCCCAGCGUAGUCCUCCGGGAGAAAGGGCACCACCAGACAAUCAAGAUCUUGGUUGUGGUGGUCCUGGCCUUCAUAAUCUGCUGGUUGCCUUUUCACAUCGGCAGGAUCGUAUUUAUAAACACCCAGAGCACCAGGAUGAUGCUGUUCUCCCAGUACUUUAAUAUAUUUGCUCUGCAGCUUUUCUACCUGAGUGCAUCCAUCAACCCGAUCCUCUACAACCUCAUUUCAAAGAAGUACAGGGCAGCAGCCUACAAGCUGCUGUUCCCACACAGAGCUGCAGAAAGGGCUUUCACAGUGAACAAAGACGCUGGUGGCUACACAGAGACCAGUGCCAGCACAAGAAAUGAGUAAGCCACCAGCUUCUGAGACUGCAGCCUGCACUUUUCCAAACUUUCUCUGCAAAGGAAGGGAAUUUCCUUUUCACAGGAGAGGUGCAAAAGGAUGAACAUUUGUUGGGACGUGUAGCAUUUUGUAACUGUUGGUAUUUUGAAACACUUAACAGAGCAAACAGGGACCAGAAAGUAGUGAGAAUGACUCGCAACUCAUGGAAAGUGAUAACUUUAUAGGAAAAGCUGGAGGAAAUUGCCAGUAAAACUGUGGGUUUGGUUUAUUCUUUGCUGUUCAUUGCACGCAUUCUGUGCAAUUUCUAGUGUUUUCUGAAAAUCAUAACAUCUAGGACCGCAAAGGAGGAGGGACUUUGAGGCAGGAGCUCUUCUUGGGUGCAGUCAUGAGUUAAACUCCCAGACAGCCUUUGCCACUUUAAGAUGUUUUUCUCAUAAGCGAGAUUUUACAAAAUGCAGUCUUGCAGAGGGGUGAGCACAACUGAAAAGAAUACCGCUCUAAGCAUCCUUGGAAGAAGAGGGCAUAUAGUUUUAGUACCUGCUCUUGUAAUCAUGAAGGGGAGUUUGCUGGGCAGUUUCACUGACUCUUCGCUUGGGAAGGCAUCUUGUCUGCGCAGCAGCCUCUGGGCUUAACCCUUUAGGUCUGGCCCAUGCGAUCAAAUAAGGUCUCUUAUUUAUGCACUAGCAACCAAUCCCCUAUAUUUGCAAAAGUUUAGUAUUCCUGAUCACUUCCUCGUCAUAGACCCGCACUGUCUGGUAAACGUUAGCCAUACGUCCCCGCUGCCUCAUGCAAUGGACUGUACGUGCAAAUACACUGACUUAGCCCCUCUCACCACAGACAAGAUGGGUCACCAAACGUGCUGGGCUGCAUGCAGGACUUACUGCUCUGCAACACUGCUCUGCAAGUCAGUAACCAACUUGGUUUUUUCACUCCAGAGAUUUGAAAUGCAAACUUAAGCUAUACGAUUUAUACAAGACAUAAGGAAGAAUUUCUUCAUUAUGAGAGUGGUGAGGCACUGGCACAGAUUCCCCAGGGAAGCUGUGGCUGCCCCAUCCCUGGAGGUGUUCAAGGCCAGGUUGGAUGGGGCCCUGGGCAGCCUGA